GGAUCCGGGUUUUCUAAAGAGCAGGGAUCGAGAUUACGUCAAUUAAAAUUGAUCUUCCGCCUCAAGCCUCAAACUUUACGUGUGGAUACGACGAUGAUGCUCCUGUCGAGACAGCUUGUUCGCUAUGGCCAUGGCAAUGGAGGUAACAGGAUCCUGUCAUCCUCAUUCACGGCUUGUCGAAAGAGGCUUCGAGUGCCCAGUGUAGCUUCUGCUAUUCCUUGUUGGAACCAUUUCACCAGGGAUCUUGCAACGAGAGCGCUGUCUACUACUGCCAGCGGUCUGGACAAGUCGAAUUCAAAGAACUACAAUAAGCUCAGCAAACAGAAUGUUCCGAUUCCAGGAGAAGAAGAAGAAACAAAGCUGGAAAUACGAAUUGCCAAACAAAUGUUUGAUUUUCUGUGGCCUUCCGUUGACCCUGACAAAGAUGACAAGGAGACAAUUGCUAGAGCCACACUUCGAAAACAGAGAGUUGUGGGUUCGCUGGGUUUACUGAUGGCUGGAAAAGCUGUGACCAUUCAAGUACCGUAUAUCUUCAAGCAUCUGGUGGACAGUCUGCCGUUAAGCGAGGCUUUUAUGAGUGAUCCCACUGUUGCAGCUACUGGCCUUCCUGUACUGCUGCUAUUGGGAUAUGGCACUGCAAGGGCAUCUGCCUCUGGACUACAAGAACUACGAAAUGCUGUCUUUGCUCAUGUUGCACAAGAUAUUAUUCGAAAAGUGGGUCGCCGUACUUUUGAUCAUGUUCAUCAGAUGGAUCUGCAGUACCACCUAGAGAGGAAUACUGGACAACUGUCUCGUGUCUUGGACCGAGGCAACCGAUCCAUCACAUUUGUUUUGAAUGCCAUGGUAUUCCACAUUUUUCCUACCAUUUUUGAAGUAUCACUAGUGGCGGGAUUGAUGGCUUAUUCCUUUGGACCCAUGCACAGUGCUAUUGUACUGGUAACUGUGGCGGGAUACGUUGGAUUCACUCUGGGAAUAACACAGUGGAGAACGCAAUUCAGGAGGGACAUGAACAAACUCGAGAACGAAGCCAGUGGAAGAGUUGUUGACUCACUUUUGAAUUAUGAAACUGUCAAUUACUUCACAAACCACGAACAUGAAGGAAACAGAUACGAAACCAGCUUGCGAGGAUACCAAAAGGCUGCUUUGCAGGCACAAAAUUCACUCAGUUUGUUGAAUUUUGGACAACAAGCAAUCUUCUCAGUUGGUUUGACGGGAGUCAUGUGGCUUACAACUCAACAGGUCCUUGAAGGAACAGCCACUGUGGGUGAUUUGGUACUGGUCAAUGGCCUCUUGUUCCAGCUCUCGGUCCCACUCUUCUUCAUUGGUAUGGUGUAUCGCGAAGUGCGACAGUCUUUUAUUGACAUGGAAAACAUGUAUGAAUUGCUGGAUCAAAAACCUCGGAUUGUGGACAAGGACACUGCCAUCACAUACGACCCUGUCACCAUGGGAACCAGCAUUACUUUCGAGGACAUUCAGUUUUCGUAUCCUUCCACCGCCGCAGAACGGCAAAUUCUCAAGGGAGCCACAUUAGAUGUUCGGGAGGGGAGUACAGUGGCACUUGUUGGGUCUUCUGGCUGUGGCAAGAGCACCUUACUACGGUUGCUAUACCGUUUCUACACUCCCGAUGUUGGCAAAAUUACUCUUGGAGGGCAUUCUCUGGAUGACAUGACUCUCGAUUCGAUUCGGAGAUCAAUUGCUGUCAUCCCACAGGACACCGUACUCUUUCAUGAAAGCAUCGGAUACAACAUUCAUUAUGGAAACUUGGAUGCCACUUGGGAGGAAGUAGAGGAAGCUGCCAAAAAAGCUCGCAUUCACGACACUAUCUUGUCAUUUCCGAAUGGAUACGAUACUGUUGUGGGGGAACGAGGCCUCAAGCUUUCUGGAGGAGAAAAGCAGAGAGUCGCCAUUGCUCGAGCCAUUCUCAAGGGGGCUCCAAUACUGUUUUGCGAUGAACCAACUUCUUCUUUGGAUAGUGCAACAGAAAUGGAUAUUAUGAGAAACAUCAAGGAGGUUGGCAAGAACACCACAACAAUUGUCAUAGCGCACCGCUUGAGUACAGUUCAGGAUUGUGAUGAAAUCAUUGUCUUGCAUGAAGGGCAAGUACUCGAGCGGGGAACUCAUAAUGAACUAGUGCGAAUGGGAGGCAAAUACACAGAACUGCUUCGUACACAGCAACAACAGCAGUUAGAUCCAGCAUCAAAAGGACAGAGCCACCAAGAACUGAAAUGAUCAAGCCACGCUGGCACAGGCAUUGUCCACAUGUGCUAGUACUAGUAGAACCAAAGUAGCUAUCUUUCCAUUUUUUAUAGUUGAGCAAGUCGUUUG